AGAAAGUACGCCAGUCCUUUCGCCAGCGACACGCAGGACGGAUGUCACGAAAAUUGCUAACAUUGUCUCGACAGAUCUCACGGCACCUGUUAGUGCUGGUGGCCGUAGUACUUCUAGUUUGCUUUUUGGGCUAUCUUAACAACGGAAAGGAUGCCUCCGGUAAAAGUGCCCUGCUCCUGGUGCAGCAACAGUUGGCCAAACUCCGAAUCGACCGAAAUCCGGAAUCGACCACAUCGACAAAAACUGGCAACGAAUGGACACCACCAGGAGAUCUCGGAUAUGCCGUAACUCUAGGCUCAACGGAAGAAUCGAUCGCUAAGAUGAUUAAACUGGGCUACGACAGUCAAGGUCUAAAUCAGUACAUAUCCGAUCUGAUACCGGUGCGGCGAAGGCUGCCCGAUAUUCGGGACGCUUGGUGUAAGAAACCCGGAAGGUAUCUCGCAGAUCUACCGGAAACCUCGAUUGUGAUUGUGUUCUACAACGAAGCUUGGUCAGUGCUUGUGCGAACGGUUCAUUCGAUUCUGGAUCGCUCGCCGGGAAAGUUGAUCAAGGAGAUCAUACUGGUGGAUGAUUUCUCCUAUCUUCCUCAUUUAAAAAUCCAACUGAGGGAAUAUUUUGUACCCUACCCGAAAGUGCGAAUCAUUCGAGCUGAAGAGAGGUUGGGAUUGAUGCGAGCCCGGCUACUGGGAGCGCGCAGCGCCACCGCAGAAGUUCUCACCUUCCUAGAUGCCCACGUAGAGUGUAUCGAGGGAUGGCUGGAGGCUUUACUGGACCCGGUCGCCCGAAAUUGGAGCACCAUCGCGAUACCGACAAUCGACUGGAUCGAUGAGCAUGAUAUGCAUUUACGGUCAGAGAAUGCACCAAGCUUCUACGGGGCUUACGAUUGGGAUCUAAACUUUGGCUGGUGGGGGCGGUGGUCUCGUAAAAAGAAACCGGAAAACAAGAUGGAACCGUUCGAAACGCCAGCAAUGUCCGGGGGGCUUUUUUCCAUCACUAAACGGUUCUUCGAGCAUGUCGGUUGGUAUGACGAAGGCUUCGAGAUCUACGGGGUGGAAAACAUUGAGCUGUCGAUCAAGAGUUGGAUGUGCGGUGGCAGGAUGGUUACCGUACCUUGCUCCCGGGUGGCCCACAUUCAGAAGACCGGCCAUCCGUACAUGCAGCAAACGUCAAAGGAUGUGGUACGCGCCAACUCGCUACGGCUAGCGGAAGUAUGGAUGGACGAAUAUAAGCAUGUGAUUUACGAUAUCUACGGAGUUCCGAAAUAUCCAAUCGAGGAAGCGGGCGAGUUGUGUUCUAGAAGACAAAUCCGCAAGCAGGCAAACUGUAAAACCUUCCGAUACUAUGUGGAGAAUGCUUUUCCGGAGAUGCACAAUCCAAUGGUGGUGGGAGCUUUUCGGGGAGAGAUGAAAAACAAAGCAAUCGGAGACGGAAUGUGUUUGGAGUACAUAAAAGAGCAAAGUCUGCUGCACAUGGCACUCUGUGAUCAUCAGGAGCGCAACCAGUUUUGGACCCACAACUACUACCGGGAGCUGAACAGUAGGCGAAACUGCAUCGACUAUACCGGUAGUGGCAGUGUGGUGGUGUUUGGAUGCCAUAGGGCCCGUGGCAACCAGGAGUGGGAAAAUGUCAACGCGACCGGCCAGUUCCGAAGCGUUAAACAUGGCAAAUGUUUGGCGGUUAACCUGGAGGACUACAAAACCCUAACGAUGGAAGACUGUGACGCUAAGCGGGACGCCCAGAUGUGGCUGGUCAAUCUGAUCAAGCUGGAUGUUUCGAUUUUCUCUAACCCGUGAGGCUUAGUUUAGAUAUUUUGGAAGUAUAAUUAGCUUCUAGAUUAAAAAUAAUAAAAUAUUUACACGAAA